CACCGCCUACCGCCUACCGCCCACCGCCUACCAGCUGGGAACGCAUGGGCGUGAGUCGUGUGUGCAUCAGCCAGGCAUCGCCAUUGUUCAUUCAGUGGUCCCAGUCUGGCCCGCCUUGUCGCCGGACACGGCUGUGCCUUUCUUUAAGAAGCGCCGUAGCCCGGAGCCGUGAGAGACGUCCCUCUGCGUCACCUUUCCCUCGAGUCCUCGACCCGUCCCUUUUACCUGUGCACUAUCGAACCAUCCCGAAGGCAAGCCGUCUUAGUCAUAUUGCUCAUCACGCAACCUGCCAUUACCUGUACACUACACCUCCCUCCUGCCCGAGCACACGACCUCUCUUGCCUACCUACGCCCUUUCAACCCUCUCCUCGCCAGCCAGCCAGCCAGCCCUUUAUCUCCGUCAUCUGCCCGGAUCCAUCUCGUCGCGCCACCACCACCACACCGCUCCAAUCGCCACCAAUCGCCACCAUGCGUCGCUCUUCCAGCAUCUCCAGCAUCAGCUCCUCGAGCUCAGAGUCCGAAGACACAAUGCAGGUCUUCGUCAAGACCGUGUCCGGCAGCAACACAAUUCCCCUCUCAAUACCCUCAAAUACAUCAAUAAGCACACUCCGCUCGCUCCUCGCCUUGCGCACCUCGUAUCCCACGCCCUCAGACCUGCGCAUAGUCCACGCCGGCAAGCACCUGUCCUCCUCUACCAGCACCCUGCAGUCGUACGACAUCCCCCCCAACGCCACACUACACAUGGCGCUCCCAUUGCGCGGCGGAAUGCCCCCAAAGAAGAUCCGCUGCUCGUUCAAGGCGUGCAAGGAUGCCGCGCAGCGCAUAGUGGGGGACUGCGGCUUCUGCGGUGGACACCACUGCAGCAAGCAUCGCAUGCUGGAGGAUCACAAGUGCGAGGGCCUAGAGGACUGCAAGAAGGAGAGUCAUGCGAAGAAUGCAGAGAGGCUGAAUAGUGAGCGGACGGUGGCUAUCAAGGGGGUGUAAAGUCGAUUGGCCACAUACUGCGUGUCGCCGGCCGGACGGCGAUUAGCUUCGUCGUCGCAGGUUUCUGAAAUAGGCGCUCUUUGAGCGAUUCCGUUAGCUCUCUUAUUGUGUGCGUCUUGCAUGUCGUUUGCAGCGAGGGAUGCGUAAUUUCCUGGUCCCUUUUUUCGCAAUGCGUUAUUGGAGCACCGCGUUUCUCCUGGAGGAUCAUUCUCGCGGCUUUUUUGCCUUGGUAGCUAGAUUAAUGUCGAACAUUCAUACUUCAUUCUCCUCUGUGGCAGCAUGAUAUACUUCGUUUAGAUGAUGGAUGGAAAUCUUCAUUUGAGACUGACGACGUUCUACUCGCUACUCACCUUGGCUCAAUCACUACUCUCGCCACUUGAUAUGGCGCCACCUACGAUUAGACUCCAACCAUGCAGGGGCACUAUGGUCGAAACACCUUGGAUGCAAAUAGACGAUGAUAGUAGUACACUAUUCCAAGUGCCU